CUUUUCCUAUCUUGCAAAAACACACAUACACCAAAAAAAAAAUAAAAAAAAAAUUAGCCAUGACAAAGGAGGAAAUUGCUGUUACAAAUGUGAAAAUCUUGAAAAAAUCAAAUGUGAAGCCUCAAAAACCAUUAGGGAAAAAAGAAUGUCAAUUGGUAACAUUUGAUUUACCUUACUUAGCUUUUUAUUACAACCAAAAGUUGAUGAUCUACAAAUUAGGGGCUGAAAGCUUCGAGGAAACGGUGGAAAAAUUGAAAGAUGGGUUGGCUUUAGUGUUGGAAGAUUUCUAUCAACUUGCUGGGAAAUUGGGAAAAGAUGAAGAAGGAGUUUUUAAGGUUGAAUAUGAUGAUGAUAUGGAUGGAGUUGAGGUGAUUGUGGCUGAUGCUGAAGGGAUUGAAGUUGCACAUCUUGCUGAUCAUGAAGAAGGCAUUACCAAAUUCCAGGAUUUGUUACCUUGUAACAAAAUCUUGAAUUUGGAAGGGCUUCAUAGGCCUCUUCUCGCCGUGCAGCUCACCAAGCUCAAAGACGGGCUGGCAAUGGGAUUAGCAUUUAAUCAUGCCGUGCUGGACGGUACUUCCACGUGGCACUUCAUGACUUCCUGGGCCCAGCUCUGUUGUGGGGCCACCUCCAUUUCGGUCCCGCCUUUCCUUGAACGAACCAAGGCUCGUAACACUCGAGUCAAGCUCAAUCUAUCCGAGCCUUCCGACGCACCGGAACAUGCCAACUCAGCAACCAAUGGUGACGUUGCCGCCAGCGUGGACCCGCCUCUCCGCGAGAGGGUGUUCAAGUUUUCCGAGUCAGCAAUUGACCAGAUCAAGUUAAAGGUCAAUGCUAACCCGCCAGAAGGCUCCACUGCGCCAUCAUUCUCUACGUUCCAAUCGCUCUCCGCACACGUGUGGUUAGCUGUCACACUUGCCAGGCAACUCAAACCGGAGGAAUAUACAGUCUACACCGUCUUCGCUGAUUGCCGGAAAAGAGUCGAUCCUCCGAUGCCGGAGAGUUACUUCGGAAACCUAAUUCAGGCGAUUUUCACGGUGACAGCGGCGGGAUUGCUGCUGUCGAAUCCGAUUGAGUUUGCGGCGGGGAUGAUUCAGCAAGCAAUUGCGAAGCACGAUGCGAAGGCGAUUGAGGAAAGGAACAAGGAGUGGGAAAGUAGCCCGAAGAUAUUUCAGUACAAAGAUGCAGGAGUGAAUUGUGUGGCGGUGGGAAGUUCACCGAGAUUUAAGGUGUAUGACGUGGAUUUUGGAUGGGGAAAACCGGAGAUGGUGAGAAGUGGAUCGAACAAUAGGUUUGAUGGGAUGGUGUAUUUGUAUCCAGAGAAAAAUGGAGGAAGAGGAAUUGAUGUGGAGAUUAGCUUGGAAGCAAAUGCAAUGGAGAGGUUGGAGAAGGAUAAAGAGUUUCUUAUGGAAGCUUAAUUAAUUUGCUUUCUCAGUUUUAUUGUAUGUUUCUUUUGGGUAUUUUAUUUAUUAUAUUAUUUAAUCAUGUUCUAUGUUUAUGUUUCUCUUUGUGGUAAUCAUGUUAUGCAGAGAUGAACUGAUGUGUUUUGAUGA